AUGUCUUAUAUGUUAAGUCAUCUACACAAUGGCUGGCAAGUUGACCAGGCCAUUUUAUCUGAGGAAGAUAGAGUUGUAGUGAUUCGAUUUGGCCACGAUUGGGAUCCUACCUGUAUGAAAAUGGAUGAGGUUUUAUAUAGUAUUGCAGAAAAAGUCAAGAAUUUUGCUGUGAUUUAUCUUGUUGAUAUAACAAAAGUCCCAGAUUUCAAUAAAAUGUAUGAAUUAUAUGAUCCAUGUACUGUAAUGUUCUUCUUUAGGAAUAAGCAUAUCAUGAUUGAUUUAGGUACAGGAAAUAAUAACAAAAUUAAUUGGGCUUUGGAAGAUAAACAAGAAAUGAUUGAUAUUAUUGAAACUGUAUAUAGAGGUGCCCGAAAAGGUAGAGGUCUUGUUGUAUCCCCUAAAGACUAUUCAACGAAAUAUAGAUAUUAA